AUGAUGCUGCCACAGCGUGUCGGACCAGUGUGUCAUGUGCUUGUGCUGGUGUUGUGUCUGUCUGCGGCUGAGGACUUCGACUGGUCAGCGAACAACCACGACUCCUUCUAUUAUGGCACUUUUCCAAAUGGAUUUUCGUGGGGCGCCGGCGGUUCAGCCUAUCAAACAGAAGGAGCCUGGGACAAAGAUGGGAAAGGACUGAGCAUCUGGGAUGUGUUCACUCAUAAGAAGGGAAAAACGUUCUUGAAUGAUACUGGAGACUCUUCUUGUGAUGGAUACUAUAAAAUCAAGGAUGAUAUUUCACUGAUGAAAGAGAUGAAUUUGAAUCACUAUCGGUUCUCCAUCUCCUGGCCAAGGAUCAUGCCAACUGGAAUCAGGUACUAUGAUGUUCUCAUUGAUGAGCUGCUUGAAAAUAAAAUCACUCCCAUUGUGACUCUGUACCAUUGGGACCUGCCACAGGUUCUGCAGGAGAAAUAUGGUGGAUGGCAAAACAUCAGCAUGAUUAAUUACUUCAACGACUUUGCCAACCUUUGCUUUGAACGCUAUGGGGACCGUGUGAAACACUGGAUAACCUUUAAUAACCCAUGGUCAGUGGCAGUGGAAGGAUAUGAAACUGGAGAACAUGCUCCAGGACUGAAGCUCAGGGGAACCGGGGCCUACAGAGCAGCUCACCACAUCAUUAAGGCACAUGCUAAGGUUUGGCACACUUACGAUUCUCAGUGGCGAAGCAAACAAAAAGGUAUGGUGGGUAUUUCACUGUCUGGGGAUUGGGGAGAACCAGUGGACAUCACUAACCAGAAGGACAUUGAGGCUGCUGAGAGAUAUGUCCAGUUUUACAUUGGCUGGUUUGCUACACCCAUCUUCCAUGGAGAUUAUCCUCAAGUGAUGAAGGAUUUCAUUGGUAGGAAAAGUGCACUGCAGGGCUUGGGAACGUCUCGUCUUCCCACUUUUUCUUCUCAAGAGAAGAGUUACAUCAAAGGCACCAGUGACUUCCUAGGCGUGGGGCACUUCACAACACGCUACAUCACCCAAAAGAGCUACCCUUCCAACCGUGGAACCACCUACUUCUCAGAUCGGGAUGUAGCAGAGCUGGUUGAUCCACGUUGGCCUGAUCCUGGUUCGGAAUGGCUCUAUUCGGUUCCAUGGGGAUUUCGGCGGCUACUCAACUUUAUGAAGACUCACUAUGGGAACCCCAUGAUCUACAUCACUGAAAAUGGGGUUUCAGAGAAAAUGAUGUGCACAGAACUGUGUGACGACUGGAGGAUAAAGUAUUACAAGGAUUACAUCAAUGAGAUGCUGAAAGCUAUCAGGGAUGGAGUGAAUGUGAAGGGCUACACCGCCUGGUCUCUGCUAGACAAGUUUGAGUGGGAUGAGGGUUAUUCGGAGAGGUUUGGAUUGUACUAUGUGGACUUCAGGAACCAAAACAAGCCUCGCUACCCCAAGGCCUCUGUUCAGUUCUACAAACGCAUCAUUCAGUCUAAUGGAUUCCCCGGUCAGAGAGAGGUUGAGACCUGGAAGAGGAAAGCUACAGAGACUUGUUCCACCAGCAAUCAGCUCCUGGCUGCAGAUCCUUUAACCAGCCACAUGGAGAUGGUGACCGAAGUGGUAGUUCCCACUGUUUGCACUCUCUGUAUUCUGAUCAGCGCUGUCUUUCUCAUGUUCCUGCUCCGCAAACGCAACUAG